AUGGCGCUCACCAAGCGCGAUUCCCUGGGGGAUGCCGUCGCCGCCGACAAGGGCGCCGACCACCACCUGCGAAUGUCCCACGAAAACGGCUCGGCCGACCAAGGCCCCGAGAAUUUCGGCUACAAGCCCGAGCUGGCCCGGAACCGGUCGACCUUCCAGGUCGCCUUCAUGUCGUUUGUCCUGGCGGCCAUUCCCUACGGCCUGGCGACGACGCUGGUGUAUCCGUUGCUGGGAGGCGGGCCCGUCGACAUCAUCUGGGGCUGGGUCGCCGUGUCGGCCAUCAUUUUCUGCGUCGCGAGCUCCCUGGGCGAAAUCACCAGUGUCUACCCGACCGCUGGAGGCGUGUAUUACCAGGCCUUCAUGCUUGCUCCGGCAAGGUGGCGCCGCCUCGCCAGCUGGACUUGCGGCUGGGCAUAUCUGGUCGGCAACAUCACCAUCACCCUCGCCGUCAACUUUGGCACCACGCUCUUCUUUGUCGCCUGCGUCAACGUCUUUGCCGACGACGAGGCCCACCCCGUCUUGGAGGGGGCCCCUUACCAAGUCUUUCUCAUCUUUCUCGGCAUCACGCUGCUGUGCAACGCCGUGUCUGCCCUGGCCAACAAGUGGCUCCCCUGGAUUGAUACGGCUGCCAUUUUCUGGACCUUUGCCGGCGUCAUUGCCAUCAUGGUCUGCGUCCUUGCCAUCGCCGCCAACGGCCGUCGCGAUGCCAGCUGGGUCUUUACGCACUUUGAGAACAACUCGGGCUGGCCCGACGGGUGGUCCUUUAUGGUCGGUCUCUUGCACGCCGGCUACGCCACUUCCUCCACCGGCAUGAUUGUCUCCAUGUGCGAAGAGGUGCAGCAGCCUGCCACCCAGGUGCCCAAGGCCAUGGUGGCCACCAUCCUCCUCAACACGGUCGCCGGCCUGCUCUUCCUCGUGCCGCUGUGCUUCGUCCUGCCCGACAUCCCGAUGCUCACGCAGCUCCUGUCCGGCCAGCCCGUGCCCGCCAUCAUCAAGUCGGCCGUCGGGCACGCCGGCGGCGCGUUUGCGCUGCUGGUGCCGCUCAUGGUGCUCGCCAUCAUCUGCGGCAUCGGCUGCACCACGGCGUCGUCGCGCUGCGCCUGGGCCUUUUCGCGCGACGGCGCCAUCCCCGGCUCCCGGACCUGGAUGAAGGUCGACCGCCGCCUGGACGUGCCGCUCAACGCCAUGAUGCUGUGCAUGGCGGUCGAGGUGGCCCUGGGCCUCAUCUACUUUGGCUCCUCGGCCGCCUUCAACGCCUUUUCCGGCGUCGGCGUCAUCUCCCUGACGGCGUCGUACGCCUGCCCCAUUGCCAUCAGCCUGAUGACGGGGCGCCGGGCCGUGCAAGGCGCCAAGUUUCCCCUGGGCAGGUUUGGCUACGCGGCCAAUGUGAUUGCCGUAGCUUGGUCCGCCCUCGCCCUCCCCCUGUUCUGCAUGCCCUCGGCCGUCCCCGUCCAAGCCUCGACCGUCAACUACGCCCCGGCCGUCUUUGUCGCCGCGACCGCCGUCUCGGCCAUCUGGUACUGGGUCUGGGGCCACAAGAACUACGCCGGGCCCCCUGUGCACGGCGACUAA